UUUACUGAUAUAGUAACUUGCCGGUGACCAAAAGGCAUUUCCAGAGGGCAGCAGCACAGGAGACAGGAGAUGUCAGUGAUCAGCGCCCUGCCAUUCCUGAAGCCCGUUCACCUGAUGUCUCCCCGCAGCUCCCCCGGACGCCAGCGCCGACACACGCUCCCGGCCAGCGAGUUCCGGUGCCUCAGCCCCGAGGAUGCCAUCAGCGUCUUUGAGAUCGAGAGGGAAGCAUUUAUAUCUGUUUCGGGCGAUUGCCCCCUGCACAUGGAUGAGAUCCGACACUUCCUGAACUUGUGCCCAGAGCUGUCACUUGGCUGGUUUGAAGAAGGCCGACUGGUCGCUUUCAUUAUAGGAUCUCUUUGGGACCAGGACAAACUCAGCCAGGAUGCCAUGACUCUGCACAAGCCCCAUGGCACCACGGUCCACAUCCAUGUGCUGGCAGUGCACCGCACCUUCCGCCAGCAGGGCAAGGGCUCCAUCCUGAUGUGGCGCUACCUGCAGUACCUGCGCUGCCUGCCCUACGUGCGGCAGGCUGUGCUCAUGUGCGAGGACUUCUUGGUCCCCUUCUACCAGAAGUGCGGCUUCCGGGUGCUGGGCCCCUGCGAGGUCACCGUGGGUGCAUUGGCCUUCGUCGAGAUGCAGUGCGCCGUGGGGGGCCAUGCCUUCAUGCGCAGGAACAGCGGGUGCUGA